GCGGCCUCCAUGACUGAGUCCACAUUGCUGGAUACGCCGGCAGGCCAAAUCCAGGUGCUCACCUGCGGCCCCACGGAUGGUGAGGCAGUGCUGCUCAUGCAUGGUUGUCCUUCCGACGCCACGACGUGGAAGUGGCUGUUUCCAGCCUUGAUCUACAACAAGUACCGUGCAAUUGCCAUCGACAUGCCCGGUUGCGGGGGCUCCCCGGGGACGAAGCUGAGUAGCCGCUCCGAAUUCAACGCAGCCAAGGGUGGCCCGGUGGACAUCGCUUGCGCGGUGCUCGAUGCACUGGGCAUCGCCAAGGCAGCGCUGGUUGGCUAUGACUGGGGUGGGGGCAUCGUGCUCUCCAUGGCCCUGCGGAAGAAGAACCGGGUCAGCAAGCUGGUUUCUUUCCACCCGUCCUACACGCCGCCCAAGGGUGAGAACCUCAGCGCAAUGUCAGUUCCGGUGCUUGUCCUCUGGGUCAAGGAGGACCAGUUCCACAACCUCACCAAGUGGCGAAAGCACUUCGAGGCGCUCCCAUCGGGAAAGCGGGAACUAGAGGUCUACACUCUGGGAUCCCGGUGGAAGCCUGGGAUGUCUCUGGGUGGGGACAAGCAGCUGGGACCCCAGCUGCAACGUCGCAUCGUAGCCUUCCUGGCCGGAGAGGCUCCGGACGAAGCUGUCGGCGGAGGCUUAGAGAAGCGCCUGGAGGCGAAAGGUGCUACUACGGCAGGGAAGCUGGUGGUUCAUGCGCAAAAUGUCGUGGUCGCGGAUGCUCUCGACAAUGCCGGAGAGGUCGCCCGGGCCUUGCGCGAAGUGGAGGACCCCAGGAAGCUGGCGAUUGCCGAGUUCCGGCAGCUGUG